UCCUCUCAAGAACAGGCUCACUGCAUGGUGAUGCGGAUCAAUCUUGACUGCAAUGCUUGUUGCAGGAAAAUGAGAAGAAUACUCCUCAGGAUGAAAGAAAUAGAGAGACACAUGAUAGAGAAGCAGCAGCACAUGGUGACUGUUUGGGGGAGAUUUGUGCCGGCAGAUGUUGCAAUAAAGAUAAGGAAAAGGAUGAACCGUAGAGUCGAGAUUCUUGAAGUUCAAGAACUCGGCGACAUCAAUGGACAUGUAGAACAAAUACCCCCCCCUGUCCUAGCACAUCCCGUUGAACAAAUGCCCCCUGUCCAAGCACAACCUGUUUAACAAUUUACAGAAUUCUACGAGUCACUUGUAGCACAUCAAGAAAAUUGAUAGUUGUAGAUCCAUUUUCAAGAUCUAGCCUGUAAACGGUUAAGUAGACCAGUUUGGACAUAGCAUGUUUGUAGUCUUUCUCCUUGUUAUCUGUAUAAAAUGUGUCAUAUCAAUUAUUUGGAAUGAACACUAAUAACAAGCAUAAAGAACGCAAGGAUUUAACGAGAUUCGACAACGUGCCUACGUCCUUGGAACUGAUGAUUUCUUAUUGUCUCAAGAGAAUAAGUUUUAAUUUAUACA